AUUCUUAAAUGUGGCUUAAGCAAUAAUAUUUUUGUGUAUUGUUAUAAAUUUUACGAUUUCAGUAUUCAUUUUGGUGUGAUGUUCACUUAUCAAUCUUAUUUAUUUCCGUUUCAUAUUAAAAUGAUAAUAUUCUUUUUGGCGUCGUGAAGGCUGGUAGCAUAAUGUAUCGGAAAGUAAUGUCGGCAUCCUUGGAUGAUUUUCCAGAAGUUAUUAAAAAAAAACAGUCUAAUGUUAAAAAAGAACUUGAAAAAAAGAAAAAAAUUGACAUGGUGAAUAAAAUAAAGUCAGAGAAAAAAAUGUCUAGGUCUAAGGUACACUAUGUGUCAAAGUACGAUUACGAAGCCAAAUUGGCUAAAAAAUAUAAUAUAUCUUGUGAUUUGGAAAAAGACAAUAUCGAUAGUUGUGGAAAUGCAAAAAUCAAACCAGUUAAUAAAGUUUCUGAGUAUGAAGGACAAAAAUUAAUUAAGACACAACAACAACAACCUGAGAUACUGUGUAUAUCUGACAAAGCAGCAACAAAAGAAAUUGUAUCGAACGCUAAUGAUGAUGAAACAGACGAACAAAAAUGUGAAGAGAUCAUCCCACAAAAGGAACAGAUAUGCAAAUUAGAAACUAUUAUCAGUAAUGCGCAUUCAAAUAAGUCGUUUCAGUUACAACCGGGCUCGGGGUCACAUUCUGUGGUUUUUAAAUAUAAUGAAAAAACAAAAGAAUUAUAUAGUUUAAAAGUUGCAAAGGGAUCUAAUUCUGCCAACUGCAAUAAUCUUUCAGAAGAAAGCAGGGAAUCACCUGAUAUGACAAUAAAAGAGCAAGAUAUUAUUCAAAAUAAAAAGUUUUCGCACAUUAAAAUCUUCCAAUCUCAGGAUAAUGAAGUUGGAAUGGAUAUAAAUAGCGAUAUCAAUAUGCAACUAGAAAGUGGAUUUAAUCCAAAGAGUUCAACAAGCAUUGGAAGAACAACAAGUGACAACAACAUACAACACUUAUCUUCCCGUUGCUUUGCUAUACCAAGUUCUUUCACGCCUAUUGCUGAAACAUCUAACCCAGUCUCAAAGAAAACAGACACUAAUAGGUUAUAUCUCGAUGAAAUUGAAAAACAAAAACUUACAAUUUUAAAUAUCCAGAAUGGAAUUACUUUCCCAAUUAAUGCAGAGUGCUCUAAAGUGGUUCGUGUACCAGGUUUCACACUUAAUUCGCCAAUUAACAAAGAGUUUAUAAAAGAAGUGUCUAAACCAUGCGAGAUCUCUCAACAUCCAAAAAAUGCUAGUGCGAAGCUAACAAUUGCAAAACAAAUGUACAUAACAUUGAAUAAACCAACUACGAGAUACUGUACAAAUUUUUCGAAAAAUGAAACCCAGUACGAAGCACCACCUGAAAAAUUACCUUUUCUAUCGAAAAAAUAUGACACUUUUAUACAAUAUCCAAGCCGAGACUACACAGAGACUAUUACAGAAGAGCGUACCGCAGAAUUUAAUCGUACGAAUGCAAAACAUGGAAUACUUAAUUCUUCAUUUUCGGAACCUACUUUUAUAAAUCCGGAAAAAUACAACGGUCAGUAUAAACCAAGAAUUAAUCUUUGGACAAGUCCAAAACAAGAUAUUUUUACUGAGCAUUCUUAUGUAGAAUAUAUACAACAUGAAGCUGAUACUGAAGAAAGAUUCAAUUUAGCAUUUAAUACUUCUCUGUUAAAAUCGGAUAUUGCAUUGCAAAAACGUGAAAAGCAAUAUGAAACAAUAAUGCCAAAAGUGCAGAAACAAGAAUCAAAGGUUGAUAACUCAAAAACUCAUAACUUGAUCCUUAAUAGUUUCAAGUUAAAGAACUCCUCAAAGUUAGUAAAUAACAACACUAAAACCCAACUAAAGUCAGUGAUAACACCAGAAUUGAAUCCCACCACAAAGUCCAAGGAAAAUAAAAUUCCGUGUAAAUCAUUCAGAGAUACGUUCACAGAUGCUUCAGCAAUGCGAAAUAACUGCAAAAGUGACAUAUCUACAGAACGAAAAAUAAGCAAAAUAGAAAGCAAUACAAAAAGACCUAUGUAUUCACCAUUAAAAUCUAGUAUAAGUCUGCAAGACUCUAAAUCAUUUUCAGAAUCUCGUUCAAGUUUUUCAAUUCCAAAAUCAAAGCUUAGUAUUACUGAGAAAAAUUCAUAUCCUAAACUUACCAAGAAGUUUAAUAUACUUCAGCGACCACUUGACUCGACUAUUCGGGCGACUCCAGAAAUUAAGGCUUAUAAUUUAGAAAAAUAUAUGACAGUACCAAAAAACUUUGCAUUGGAUGGUAAUAUAAAGUCGCUCGCCUUUAAUAAUAAUAUAAAAAAAAAAUAUAAAUCCAGCACUGAAACUCGUUCUACAACUUCUAAGCUAGUAGAUGGUCUUACCAAAAAUCAAGAACCUAAUAAAGAAAAAGAUUCAAUAAAAUACGUCGACUUUCUAGAAAAUGCACUUGAAUACAAUGUGGAUUUCAAAAAUAAUAGAAUUAUUCGGAUUGAAAAUACAAAUGAAUCUUUAAAAAAUAACUCGUCUAAAAGAGGUGAACAUCAAGACCAGACAACAGUAAAAGAUGAAUCUACAGCAGACUCAAUAAAUCUUUGUGAACAUUUUGAAAAUAGUUCAUCUAAAAAAGAGGACUAUCAACAAAUAACACCGAGCUCUGAUUUUCUAUCACGCUCAACUAAAGCUUGUGGUUUUCAGAAAAAAGAAAAUAUUACUCGUAAUACAUAUGAAAAAGGAUUUAGAAAUUAUCCUACCAAUUUCUCAAGUAUACAAAAUCAUGGCUAUUCCAACAUAUAUGCAGUUAAUGUAUCACAGUCCGAACUUAAUACUAUGAAAAUCGAGAAAAAGUAUCCAAAUAACAACAACUUCCGUAUACAACAACCCCGCAAGGAACACAAUUCCAAAGUAUAUCAACACAAGACACAAACCAAUUCUAAUGCUAAAGGUACAACGAUACAAACAACAUCAUUAUUGAAUAAUGCUAAUAAUAAUAGCAAACCUCAAAUUUUAUACAACAAUUGUGACACCUCAGUGCAAAAUCACAACAGACCUAUGUCACUAGAAAACAACAAUUUCAUAUAUAAUCCAUACCGGAAUAAUCACAACAACAACAAAUUUAUUGGUGGAUAUCCUGAUCAAUUUCGCCGUAAUAAUUCGUCAAAACCAUUAGCAAUGCAAACUACAUAUACUGAGAGUAGUCAAUCAUCUCAUUAUAAUAAAAAUAUGGAACGUAACAUGAAUAGACCACAAGCAUGUGGUUGUCCUUUCCAAAAUAAUAACUUUGGUUCCUUUAAUUUACCAAAUUUAAUUUACCUGAAUAAUUCAUAUCCAAUAUAUCAACAAAUGUCGUACAACGCGAAUAUAACACAAUAUCCUUGUAUGUAUAAUAUAUCUCCUCAUAUGGUGAACAGAAACUUAACACCAGUUUUUGCUCCGAUCAAUAGUUAUCAAAUAAGUCCACAGAUGUCUCACCUUACAAAUACACCAUUAUCUGCAAAUACAAAUACGUUUUAUCAGCAAAUAGCAUUAAAUAACGUAUAUAGACCAUGUACACAAAUUGCAUAUCCCAAUAUUGUCGGCACCACUCCACUAUUAUUUCAUCAACAUAAUGCUUUAAAUACACGGCAAUUACGAUCAGUUAAUUAUUGCUAUACAAAUCAACGACGUCCUAUACUUGGUCGUGGUGUUAGACAAGUGUCAAAACCAAGCGAAUCUAAAUCAAGUGCUCCUUCAAAUCCAAAAGUGAACAAGAUGUAGCUAAACCUGGACAUGGCGAUUGCUAAUUUUAAAUUGUGAUUAAUAUUUAAUUUAAUUUUAUUUAUAGUUAAUAUACUGUUGCGUCAACCUGGUUGUAAUUAGUAUGGUUCUAGAUGUCUAACAUAGCACGGUGGCAGGCUAGGAAUCUAGAACCACACUAAUGACAACAAGAUUUAGACAAAAAUACUUUUAUAUCAGUGCUUUGUAAUGUUCGAGCAACUCAAAAACUUUUGAAUUUUAACAUUUGGAUCAUACACUAUAUAUAAUGAGAGAUUAAUUAUAUUGAUAAUAUUUUAAAUAUAUAUUGUACAAAUAUGUUUACUGGUACACCAUAUAGUGUCCUUUUUUAUAUGCCUUAUAUUUUCGAACACAAUAUGAUGUUCGAAUAUCUACGACAGCUCCUGGAAAAUAAUCCAGCAAAGGCACUUUCAAACAUCAAAAUACUCCAAGUUUCGAUUAGCUCGGACCACAAUAUUUAAAGCGCUAAUAUAUGGUAUAUAGUACAUAUUUUACUAACUCCACUUUUCUACAUAUUAUUAAAUCAAAAAUUUAUCUUUUAUACCAUAUAUAUAUAUAUAAAUAAUAGUCUUUGUUAUACACAAAUAUCAUUUAUUACACAGAAAA